AUGAAUGGUACCACCAAAAAGAGACCUCUGGAUCUAGAGGAACUGAUCCGGAAGAAGAAGGAGGCUGAUGCGGCGGCGGCAAAACCCAAGUUUUUAACCAAAGCGAUGAGGGAGAAGCUGGCGGCACAGAAAGCAGCAGAAGACAAGGCCAAAGAUGAAGAGCAGGAGCGCAAGAGACGACAAGAUCUGGAGAGAGCCAACAGAGACUUCACUUCUCGACUAUAUCAAAGAGAUGCCCCGUCCAGGUCCAGCAUACCGACAGGCCCGAAGGCUAUGCGCCAAAACGGGGCGGCAGGGAAGCGGUACCUGGGACCAGAAGUCAACAAGAGCACAUUCUCGGCGCAGAAGAAGAGGCGGCGGACGACAGAGAAGAAGUUCAACUUCGACUGGGAUGCGUCUGAAGACACAAGCAAAGAUUACGACCCUAUAUAUGCCCAGCAGGCAUCUGCAAUCAUCGGUGCAGGCCGGCUGGCUGGCUUCGGCGAGGAGGCGGAAGAGGAGGCAGCUAAGCGGUAUGCUCGUGGUAUGGAGGUGCGGGACCCGGUCAACGGGAGGCAGCGGGCCAGGGAGUACCUGGAGCAAUUCUAUCGUGGGCAAGAAGCACGAGCCAAGAGGAAUACUCUUGGGAAGCACUGGUCCGACAAGAGCCUCGAGGAGAUGCGUGAAAGGGACUGGCGAAUCUUCAAAGAGGACUUUGGAAUUGCGACAAAGGGUGGCUUGAUACCGAAUCCCAUGCGGAACUGGGAUGAGUCCAACCUUCCCGCGCGAUUGAUGGACGUGGUACAUUCAGUGGGCUACAAUGAGCCGACACCGAUUCAGAGAGCCGCCAUCCCCAUUGCCCUGCAAGCGCGUGACCUGAUCGGUGUGGCCGUCACAGGUUCCGGAAAGACAGCGGCAUUCCUCCUGCCGCUAUUGGUGUACAUCUCUGGCCUACCAAUGUUGGAUGAGUACAACAAGGCAGAUGGUCCGUACGCUCUGAUCCUGGCGCCAACACGUGAACUGGCCCAGCAGAUUGAGAGCGAGGCGAAGAAGUUUGCGACACCACUGGGCUUUACUUGCGUUAGUAUCGUCGGUGGUCAUUCUCUUGAAGAGCAAGCUUUCAACCUCAGAAACGGUGCCGAAAUCAUCGUGGCGACUCCAGGACGUCUCGUUGACUGUAUCGAGCGGCGUCUCUUGGUCCUGCAGCAGUGCUGCUAUAUCAUUAUGGAUGAAGCAGAUCGGAUGAUCGACCUCGGUUUCGAGGAUUCCCUGAACAAAAUUCUCGAAGCUCUUCCCGUUUCAAACGAGAAGCCGGACACGGAGGAAGCAGAGAAUGCUCAGCUUAUGAGCAAAUAUCUGGGCAGCAAAGACCGGUACAGACAGACAAUGAUGUACACGGCCACGAUGCCGCCUCUGGUCGAGAAGAUCGCCAAGAAAUAUUUACGGCGACCGGCUAUUGUGACGAUUGGAAACGCAGGCGAGGCCGUCGACACGGUUGAGCAGCGAGUCGAGCUCAUCAACGGGGAGGACAAGCGCAAGAAGCGGUUGGCGGAAAUUCUCCAGUCGAACCAGUACGCGCCGCCCAUCAUCGUUUUUGUCAAUAUCAAGCGGAACUGCGACACUGUGGCGCGCGACAUCAAGCGGCUCGGGUUCAGCGUCGUCACGCUUCAUGGCAGCAAAGACCAGAAGCAGAGAGAGGCCGCACUCGCAUCCCUGCGCAGCGGCGAGACAGAUAUUUUGGUGGCUACAGAUCUUGCCGGUCGUGGUAUCGAUGUCCCCGACGUGUCGCUUGUCAUCAACUUCAACAUGGCGCACAGCAUCGAGUCGUAUACCCACCGUGUCGGUCGUACGGGUCGUGCCGGCAAGAGCGGUGUGGCUAUUACUUUCUUGGGCAGCGAGGACGCGGAUGUCAUGUAUGACCUGAAGCAGAUGAUUGCCAAGUCGAGCAUCUCGAAGGUGCCGGAGGAACUUAGAAGGCAUGAAGCGGCGCAGUCCAAGCCUGUCAAGGGGAGGAAGACGAUAACGAAUUAGGAGUCGCUUGGCUCACAUUCACCAGAUUGUCCCACAGCAGGAAGCAUAGCGAAUAAUAAGAAUAAAA